AUGAUGAAAUUCGCUUGGGACAACUACAAACUCUAUGCACUUGGGAAAAACGAACUGCGACCGCUCACCAAGAACGGCCACAUCGGGAACAUGUUCGGAGGCCUUCGAGGAGCCACAGUGGUAGAUGCCUUAGAUACUCUGUACAUCAUGGAACUCGAGGAGGAAUUCCAAGAAGCAAAGAAGUGGGUGGAGAAGAGCUUUGACUUGAAUGUGAAUGGAGAAGCAUCCUUGUUUGAGGUGAACAUCCGCUAUGUUGGAGGACUGUUGGCCACAUACUACUUAACUGGAGAAGAGGUCUUCAAGAGUAAAGCUUUGGAACUUGGAGAGAAACUUCUGCCAGCUUUUAACACCCCCACGGGUAUCCCACGUGGCGUCAUAAAUCUGGGCAGUGGCAUGAGUUGGAGCUGGGGCUGGGCAUCUGCUGGAAGCAGCAUCUUGGCAGAAUUUGGAACCUUGCACUUGGAAUUCCUGCACCUCUCGGAGCUCUCUGGCAACCCCGUGUUUGCAGAAAAGGUGAUGAACAUCCGCAAGGUCCUGAACAGAGUUGAGAAGCCACAGGGCCUUUAUCCCAACUUCCUCAGCCCAGUGACAGGGAACUGGGUGCAACACCACGUCUCCAUUGGGGGGCUUGGGGACAGCUUUUAUGAAUAUCUCAUCAAAUCUUGGCUGAUGUCAGACAAGAAGGACUCUGAAGCUAAAAAGAUGUAUGAUGAUGCACUAGAGGCAAUAGAAAAGCACUUGGUCAAAAAGUCUGCUGGAGGAUUGACCUACAUCGCUGAAUGGAGGGGUGGUGUCUUGGAUCACAAGAUGGGCCACUUGGCUUGUUUCUCUGGGGGCAUGAUAGCCCUUGGAGCCGAACAUGCUGCAGAAGAGAGGAAGCAGCAUUACAUGGAUCUCGCUGCAGAAAUAACAACCACAUGUCAUGAGUCUUACGCACGCUCAGAUACCAAACUGGGCCCCGAAGCCUUUCGCUUUGAUGCUGGAACUGAAGCCAUGGCAACCAGGCUCAGCGAGCGCUACUACAUCCUGCGGCCAGAGGUGGUGGAAAGCUACAUGUACAUGUGGAGGCUGACACACGAUCCCAAGUACAGGCAGUGGGGCUGGGAGGUUGUGAAGGCCCUGGAAAAACAUUGUAGAGUAGAAGCUGGUUUCUCUGGCAUCCGAGACGUUUACACCACAACCCCAGCUCAUGACAACAUGCAGCAGAGUUUUUUCCUCGCAGAGACUCUGAAGUACCUCUAUCUUCUGUUCUGUGAAGAUGACGUGCUGUCUCUGGACGACUGGGUGUUCAACACAGAGGCUCACCCCCUGCCAGUCAACCACACGAACUUUAGAGCAAGCGUGCAGCAGUGAGGCCGCUGCCCAGGCCCUGCUGCUGCAGCCUCGGCGCGUUACGGCUUUUCCUUUCCAUUAAAGGAACUUGCAUUGUUCCUGAAAUGGUAUUUUGGGGCACUAGUCCAAUUCCGGACAGUAUUGUAUGGGGAAGAUGAAACCAUGAUGUAAGCACCUUCUUUUCCUCUGUGAGGAGCUCUAUUAGCCUGAUACUGAGAUGUUUAUUCUGGGCCAUACUGUACACAGUUCAUAGACAUUCCUUUAUACAGAGAAUUUAUAUGAAAUCCACUGACUUUGCUUUAUAGUGGCCAAAGGACUGGAAGUUUGCCAUAAAAUAGACUU